ACCAGCUUCUUUUUUUUUUGUUUUUGUUGAUGGGGUGAUUAUUUCGUGUGUGAAUGUAUCUCUUCCACAAAAGCGAUAUAAUCCCAAUCAAUCUUCUCAUCUCUCUCUCUCUUUCGCUCGUCUCAAUUAGGGUUUACGAUACCAAUUAGGAUCGAUUGGGUUGGGGAUUUUUUCUCAAUGCCUGCGAAUCCUCUAGCGGAAUCUGUUACCGAGAAGAACCCUCCUAGGAACUGUCGAGCUGCUAAUUUUCGCCUGCGAUUCUGGCUUAACUUCGAGAGUUAGAGCGAAUCCUUCACCUCUCUUUUUUUAGUUUUCUUUCUAAUUUGAUAUUCGUUGGUUUUUCUGAAAUCCGAUGGCUCCGAGCCGCAAGAGAGGCGGUGGUAAAGCUGCGGCCGCUGCAUCUGCUCGCCGGGAGUGGAAGGUUGGCGAUCUCGUGCUUGCCAAAGUCAAAGGUUUUCCUGCUUGGCCUGCCGCGGUUAGCGAACCGGAAAAAUGGGGAUACUCAGCCGACUGGAAGAAAGUAUUGGUUCACUUUUUUGGCACACAACAGAUAGCUUUCUGCAAUCCUGCUGAUGUUGAAUCAUUUACUGAGGAGAAGAAGCAAUCGCUUUUGACAAAACGGCAUGCCAAAGGUUCCGAUUUUGUCCGUGCCGUUAAGGAGAUCACAGAGAGUUUUGAGAAGCUGAAGCAUCAAGACCAAGCUAGCGAUCCUAAAUCUGCUGAAGAAUCAACUGUUGGAAGUUCUGAGAACACUGUACAGCUGCCUCAGACCUGUGAAAACCUAAUUGAUAAGUCAAAUUCUAGUCAUGAUAGAGAUGAAUUGACUAUUCUCAGUGAGGAUGCUUCAGCUGCUGAACAAAUGCUAGCCCUGCGUCAUAACACUCUAGCCCAUAAUGGAACCUGUGAUAGUGCAGCAGCUAAAGAUUUAUGUGAGAUAGCUACAUAUUCUUCAAGGAGAAGAAAUGAAAGGGUGCGGGCUCCAAAGUUUGCUCCGCAGAAUAUAACAUUACCCGUUCAGCACCCUAAAAUCUCAUCUAGGUUGGAAGUGGACAGACUAGAAAGGUCCAUGCUUCAAUGCAGUGAUGGUGGCCAGAGUGUCGAUGCUAUAGAUGACAGAGCUAUAAGAAGGAGAAAGAGGAUCCGAAGGUCAGGUCAUUCUGAAUCAGAUGAUGUGGUUUCACCAGCUCUAAAUUUGCACGGAUCUGAUGAGGAGAACACAUCUGAAAUUGCUACAGUUGAAUCUGACAAUAAUAGUAGGAAUGAAGGCAGUGGUGUGGAUUCUGGUUCCAAAGUCGAUCUUUCUGAUGCUGUUGGUGAGGGUUGUAACGGAGGUCAUGAGCUCAACCAAGGGCUUGAUUUCCAAAUUAGCACCAUCGUUAAGAGGAAGAAGAGGAAGCCCACCAGAAAACGUGAAACUAGUGACGUUAUUGACCCUCCUGCUAAAAUUGGAGCAGAAGGUCUUGGGGCCAAUGCUUGUGAUAGCAGCCAAAGAUCUCAAAAUUCCCAUGAACGGCUGGUUGAGAGGCCCUGUGAAGAUAAUGGUGAUGAACAUUUGCCUCUGGUAAAGCGAGCCAGAGUCCGAAUGAGUAGAGCUUUUUAUGCUGAUGAAAAGGUCAAUGCCUCUUCAAGGUUUGAAGAGAGAUCAUCAAACAACACUUUAAUAAGUGCUGCCAUGCAGACAAACCCUUCGGUGAAUCAUGAAAAUGAUGUUGUUUCUGGUCAUGACACUUCUGCAUCCGAAGAAUUUAACAGCGCUGAGUUGUCUGCUAAGCUCCCAGGUGUUAUGGUCGAUGUAGUGCCUUCUCAUAUAGAGAAACCUUCUGACAUAAUGUCUCCGUCUAGGGCUGGUGUUUUGACUGUAGGAUAUAGAAAAACUGAUGUGAAGUUCCAUGAGAACGAGUUUACCAUGACACUAGAUGAUGAAGUAACUCGAGCACAUUCUAAUCAACUUAACAGUUUAGCAGAAGGAAAAGCUCAUGUUGCUGAUGUUGUCCAGGGAAGUUAUGAGGAAUCACAAACCGGGAACUGUCUUAAUAGUGAGACCGAUCCUAUUGACUUGCAAUGCUUACGUCAAAGUGAGAAGCACGAAACCCCUUUGAAUCCUGAUAUCGUUGAUUCAUCUGCAACUGAGUCGCCUGGUCUGUGCUCGAGUUUAGAUAUGACAACAACAGGGGCACCUGCUCAAUCUCCCCACCAACAUCAAAGCCAGGAGUAUGAUUCUCUUGACCAUACAUUGGUCAUUGUUGGAGAUUCUCUUAAUGAUAAAUGUGAGAAAAUUGAUUACUGUAUGACCCAAGUUGUUAAGUCCCAAGCUGUAGAACCUCCUCCGUUGUUCUGUUCAGUGGUCAAUAAUCCGGAGGCGGAAAACACUCAGGAGACUGAGAACAUGCAGGAGACUGAAAACACUCAGGAGACUGAGAACAUGCAGGAGACUGAAAACACUCUACUGAAGGAAAACCGAGGAAGUCCGGAUAAAGACCUCGAUAGUGAGAAACAAGCUCACAAAAUACAGAAUCCAGCCCUCUCUGCUACUGAAAGUGAAAUGAUUGUUGAAGAAGUGGAACCUCAGUAUGAAACUGUGUAUAGUCACUGUGACGAGGCUUUGGAAAACAGAGAGCUGGAAAGGAGUUGUGAGGUUGAUGAGCAGAAGGAGAAGAUGCAAGCCACCAAUUCUAUAUCAGUAUCUGAGAACCUUUCACGUGAAAGAUUGAGUUCAUCUCCUGCUAAUGUUGCAGAUUCUUCUGCAAGCGGUAUUCCGCAUUGCAACUCAGCUUGCCGUAAUUCUACCGCCGAAAGUGCAAGUGCUAUGGAGGACAACUCUGAUCAUAGGACCAAUGCUCAGUCUGGUGAGAAGAAAUCAUUGAAUGAUGACACUGUCAAAGAAGAAACCAAAGUUGAAACAGGUGCAACUCAGGUGAAGAAAGUUAUUAAUUCUGAUGUGCAAUGCACUAUUGAUUCCUUUGAGACCGCACUUGGCUCGUUGGUGAGGACAAAGGAGACCAUUGGCCGAGCAACUCGCUUGGCUAUGGAAUUGGCGAAAUUUGGUGUUUCGACAAAGGCAAUGGAAAUUCUGGCUCAUACUUUGGAAAGCGAGUCAAAUUUACAAAGGAGGGUGGACUUAUUUUUCCUUGUGGAUUCUAUUGCUCAGUGCUCCAAAGGUCUGAAUGGUGACGCUGGUGGUGUUUAUCUUUCAUCCAUCCAAGCUAUGCUGCCUCGCCUAUUGGCUGCUGCUGUCCCAGCUGGAGCUACCACACAAGAAAACCGGAAGUUGUGCUUGAAGGUUUUAAGAGUUUGGCUCGAAAGACGGAUCCUUCCUGAAUCUAUAGUUCGUCACCAUAUAAGAGAACUUGAUUCACUUAAUAACGUUCCUGUGUGCCUCUAUUCUCGGCGCUCCGCUCGAACAGAAAGGGCGCUAGAUGACCCUGUUAGAGAUAUGGAGGGUAUGCUGGUGGAUGAAUAUGGAAGUAAUUCAACUCUCCAGCUUCAUGGAUUCUGUAUGCCUGCAAUGCUUAAGGAUGAAGACGAAGGAAGUGACUCGGAUGGGGGCGAUUUUGAGUCUGUCACCCCUGAACAUGAGUCCAGAAGCCUUGAAGAACAUGUUACACCCUCCAUUACUGAAAGACAUACCCGUAUACUGGAAGAUGUUGACGGCGAGCUUGAAAUGGAAGACGUGGCUCCACCUUGGGAAGCUGGAAGCAGUGCGUUCACAGAUCAAGCUGAUAAUACAGAGUCUGGAAAUUGCCAGCCUGUCUCUGGCACUUCACAUCAGAAUGUUACCUCGCCAUCUAGACCAGCUCCUCCUUUGCAGAAUGCUCAGUGUGCAAUGUCUGAUUCCUACUCAAAUGGCUUUGACUGCCGCAGAAAUCCCAGCAUGCAUGGAAAUUAUCAGGCCGGUCCUCCAAGGAUGAAUCCACCAAUGCAUUACGGAAGUCCUGAAUCAUCUUAUAGUUCCCGCUCUUUGUCACGUGGGGAGGGUUCUAACUUCCAGCAUAGGCCUUAUCCAUCUUCUCAUCCCCCACCUCCACCAUCACAUCAUUACUCAUAUAUGGAGCCAGAUCACCAUAUGAAGUCGCGGAGAGAAGGUCCAUCAUACCCUCACAGAUCUCAUUACACACCGGAAUUUGACGAAAGGAAUUACCAUGAUAGCCAUGAGAGAAUGAGGCCUGCACCUUCUGAGAAUCGAGACAAUUGGAGAUAUCAUCCGCCCUCUUCCCAUGGCCCACGAUAUCAUGACAGAUACAAAGGCCCUUAUCAGUCAAACUCAUACAGUGGCCAUCACCGUGACUCUGAAAGGUUUCAGAACAGUAGGUGGAGCCAUUCUCCGCGUGCAUAUAACAAUAGACAUUAUUUUCACUACAAGCCGCAUUCGGAAGGUCCAGUUCCAGUAGGAAUGAGAGAUCAAGGCACGUGGCAUCAAAGGUGAAUAUGGAGAAAACAGAAACCGCUGUGUGGUCCAAGUCAUGGAAGAGAUAGAGAGCAACAAAUUUAGGUGUGGGUGGAAUACUUGGCCUGUUGGCCACACUUGGAGAGAGAAGAUGUUAAUAUACAAAAACCAGUAGUGUACAUAUGUGACCAAAACAGCAUGAGGGAUGCAAAAAAAAAAAAACAGUCGUGAAAAAGAUGGUAAAAGCCAUUUGCUGUAGAGAUUUGAGAAAGAAAAAAAGAAGAGUUAGUAAGUACCCGGACACUGAUUUAGGCAUUAAAUUUUGUAAACAUAACUUCUUUUUAGUGGGUAAUAACAUUAGUAUGCGUUUA